AAACUGGCCACCUGGUGGUUGAUUUUUGAAGUAGCGUUGUAAAUAAACAUGUCGAUUUGGUAAAAGUUGGAUUUUUGCGAAGUUCUGCUCAGCCGAAACAAAAGAGAUGCCUAUCCCGAAACGAUGGCUGCAGUACACCAAGUUUGGCAAACAGAUUCCCGGGACACGGUUCGUGGCGCUCAAGUGUCCGCUAAGAAAGACGAUCUGUGCCAAUCUCCCAGAGGAUCUCAGGUUCACCCCCGAGAUAUUUUUGUCUGAGUUGCCUUCGGUGGCCAUGCUGAUCGACCUAACCAACACCAGCAGAUACUACGCUCCGCAGGAGCUGAGUGGAGUGAGCCACGUGAAAGUGAUGUGCCCCGGCCAACAGGUGCCGCCCGCCGGAGUGGUCAACACCUUCUUUGACGCCGUCGACUCCUUCCUGCGCUCCCCCAAAGAGGGCUUGAUCGGCGUUCACUGCACCCACGGCGUCAACAGGACUGGAUUCCUCAUUUGCAAGUACUUGGUCAGCAGGAUGGGAUUCAGCCCCGAGCAGGCGGUUCGAGUUUUUAAUGAAAGUAGAGGUCACCAAAUGGAGAGGAAGGAAUAUUUCAAGGCUUUAAAGGUACCUGAGGAGGAUUUGAAGACUUUACUAGGACAAGAGCCGGAAGAUAGGCGUCUGGAGAGAAACUACAGUCAAAUCAGAGAGCAACCGCAGCAGCAGCAAAGCAGGCAGAGGGGCUCUCGAGACCAGAGGCCACCGCCGGACCGACAAAGACCUCCAGCAGACCGCAGAAAUCACAGGCCAAAUAUCAGGAGCGAGCGUGUCCACCCUUACAGCAGAGACCACGGCCCCCCUGACAACAGGAGAGGGCAAAGGGACGCGGGUAGGCGUGGUGGAAGGGACAGCAGACGACCACCCUACCCAAGCAGAGAAUUCAGACCAAGGCCCCAGCAGGACUGGGGCAGGGACCACAGGAGACCUGAUAACAGGUCGCAAUAUGAAGGAGGAAAUUUGUCUCGGCGCCGAGAGCAGCAGCCGGAGCCAGACCGAAGGGACGAAAGGCCUCGCAGAAAUGGAAGCCCUUGGCGCAAGUACCAAGUGCUUCAGUGAAGUAAUUUUUGUGGACCUGAUUCUAAACUUCAAACUUUUUACAAAAAAAGGUUUAAAAAUGAAAUAAUUAAAUGUAAGUUCA